AUGAAGUUCCUUGCCGAGCCAGGCAUGCAAUACACCUACUGUGGAACAAACGACGGUGUAUCCAUCGCCUUUCAGACAUCUCUGCCUCUAGAGGACAUCCCUGAAGCCGGCCCAGGAUCGGUGAGCGAUCCUCGCCGCCGAAAAUGUAUCCUUCUGAUGCACGGCUUCAGCGGCUCCUCCAAGUACUUCACGCGCAACUUCGCAGCGCUCUCAGAGAACCACUGGGUCAUUGCCCCAGACAUGCGGGGCCAUGGUGCCUCGGGGCGGACCAAGGGGGGCUACCACGUCGCCAGACUGGCCGCCGACCUGCGGGCGGUCGUCGAGUCUCUCCGCCAAGGCCACGCAAACACCAAGAUCGUACCCGUUGGCUGCUCCAUCGGCGCCGCCGUAUUGUGGACGUAUGUCGAGCUCUUCGGCGACAGCGACUUCGCGGGCUUUGUCUUCGCCGACCAGGCCCCGCUGCAGGACCGCUCAGCCUUCGACAACUGGGACGCCUCCAGGGCCCACCUCGGGUGCUAUGAUGAGGCGACCAUGCUGGGAGCGCAGCGCGCGUGGAUAGACACCCCGGAAGCGGCUCACAAGGGGCUCGUCAGCGAGUGCCUUGGCUACCGCUUCGCCCCCGAGGAGAGCGACCAGGUUAGCCCCGAGACUGCCGCAGAUGAUGAGGCUUUCUUUACGGGCAUUAGCGGCCUGUGCGAUGGGCGCUGGCUCGCGAGGCUCCUGGCCGACCACACGAGGUACGAUCAUCGGGAGGCUAUCGAGCUUAUCCGCAAGCCUACCCUCGUCGUGGCCGGGCGCCGCACGGGCUGUUUCCCACUCGAGGGUUUGAAGGAGACAGUCGAGAGGGUGAAUAAGGGGAGUGACAAGCCAGGACUGGCAAAGUGGUCCGUGUUCGACAGUGGCCAUUGGAUGUUCUAUGAAGAACCGGAGCGAUUCAACAAGGAAAUCGCUGAAUUCGUGUCCCAGUGUUGA